GAAGAGUGGAACGCCGGUAUCCCUGGGAAGAGUGGACCGCCGGUAUCCCUGGGAAGAGUUGACCGCCGGAAAGUACACUAUACUGACAUUAACAUUGUGGAGAGAAUAGUCUAAACUGAUACUGGUGUAAAUUGAUACAUAGGGGAUGAUUUUGAGCUGUCUUACAGGGAUUGAAGGCACCUCAUGGCGAGAGAGGGCCAAAUGGAUCUCAGGGCCGUCAAGGAGAGACUGGACCCAAUGGCAUACAGGGAUCAUCCGGUCCUCCAGGCCUCCCAGGGCUGGAGGGCAAGACAGGGAAGCCAGGCCCUUCAGGAAACCAGGGGCUUGUGGGGGCACAGGGGUCAGCUGGGCCCAUCGGGUUUCCAGGCACUCCUGGAAUGGAUGGUGUGAUGGGGCAGGUUGGAGAAAAAGGAGAACAGGGAGCAGCAGGGCCUGUUGGGGACAGUGGGCCAUCUGGACUGGACGGACAGCAGGGUCCCCCUGGAACAGUUGGGUGCUCCAGGUCCCUUUGGAAAGCCAGGGCCAGGACUCCAGGGAGCCAGGACUCCAGGGAGAGCCAGGGCCGCAGGGCUCCCAGGGGAUGCAGGGGGAGCCUUGGCCAAGGGAGAGAUGGGAGGUUUCGGCAACAGAGGAGACCCUGGUCCUAAAGGACUUAAGGGGGCAAUGGAUUCCUUGUGGAUUCCCUGGGUUGGAGGGGCCCUCAGGAGCUCUUGGGGACAAUUGGAAAAGAGGAGUGAAAGGAGGGAAGGGCCACAUAGGACUACGAGGCGUGUCAGGAAGAAGAGGAUUGAAGGGUGACAUGGGAAAAUCUGGACCAACGGGGCCAAAGGGUCUGCUGGGCAACAGAGGGCCCCAGGCGUCCCCUGGAUUGGAGGGUGUGUCUGGUGAGGCUGGGCUUCAGGGAGCAGUUGGCCUACCAGGACCUCUGGGACCAAAAGGUCGACCAGGCCCUGAGGGGAGACAAGGCCAGAAAGGUCAAAAGGGCAAUGAUGGUCGAAGUGGGAAUCCAGGAAAGACGGGACACAUCGUGAGGAGGGUCAGAAUGAAGCCAUCCCUUUUUCACAUAUUACAAUUUCUCAUUUCAAUGUAUAUUGGUCUUGAUUCUUGAUUCUAAAAUCUGUUUAUGUUACCAUGUAAGGGGAAAAUAGGGAAAUCUGGAAGCAGAGGCUGAAGAGGAGGGAGAGGAGAAAAGGUCAUCACUGUUGACUGAGAGACAUUCGGGCCUGAUUAUGCACUAGCCAUACCAUACAGUAUUAUGUGUCUUUAACCUUUAAAAACACUGCUAAUGGUUUGCAGCGGUGAGAUCUUGUGUAAAGGUCAACAGGGUAUAACAUUUUUUCUAUAGAUUGAACCUUUUCUUUGAAUUACAGGGAAAGAGGGGAGAUUUUAGUUCAACCAGACCUCCAGGAAGACAAGGGCCUUACGGGACACUUGGCAUACAAGGAGAGAAGGGUGAAAUGGGUGAACCAGGAGUCGAGGGAGAGAAGGCAGAGAUGGGACGGACAGGCCCUCCUGCAGUU